CUCUAUCGAAGUGGUUUUUUAUUUUUAUUUUUAUUUUUCUUGAAAAAUGGGUUAAGAUAGACGGUAAUUUCUUUUGUUUUUACUUGUUUAUUUAUUUAUUAUUAUUAUUUUAAUGGUAUUGAUAUUUAUUGAUAGUUUUUUACUAUAAGGAUUCCUUAUUUUUUUUUACGUAAUAUUACAUUGUAUAGUGAUACUAAGCCAUAGGAUUUUGGUAAUGGAUAUUUGCUGUAAUUUUAUAAAAAGAAAAUAUUAUAUGAUUAUAUUAAAGUUUAAUAUUAUAUAAAAAUAUGACAUAUAACUUAAUCCAAUACCACUUAAAUACUAAUUAAUAACACAAUUAUUUUUAAAUACCCAAAUUAAAAACAUUUCUAAAAUUAGCACCUGUAUGGUGUUUUGUAUUGGUUAAUGAAAAUUUUCUUUUCUUUGAUAAAAAAAAAAAAUAAAAUUAUCCAGGGAAAUAAAAUUCAAUUUAGGAAAAAAAAAUUAUUUUGGAAAUUUUUAUUUAAACUUCUCUGUACCAUUGUUUUCACUUUUGUUAAGUGUAUAAAUAAAUGACUUUCAAUUCACUUCAUUUCAAAUCCCUUACCACCAAAUAUUUUUCUGUAAUUUCCUCUGUUUUUCUUGAAAGCAUUAUCAUGGAGGAAUUGGGUUCAGCCUUGUCCUUUUAUCAAGAGCAAAACAUAGAGUUAAAUUAUAAGCUGCAGGUCAUUCAAGCUGAGCUAGAAUCAACAAAAAUGGAAAUGGUUAAGAAAGAGGAGUACCUGAAAGACUUACUCGAACUCUUAAAAUCAACAAUGAAGGAAAGAGAUGAAACAAUGUAUGAGUUGCACUACUUAGAGUCUAUGAUGCUGAAAUGUAUUAAUGAUCAACCUCCUCAACCUCAAAAUAACAGUCCUAUCUCAACAAUGCCUGAUGCCAAAACCAACUCAGACUCAAGCAUUAUAUCAGAAUCACCAAAUCAUUUUUCUGCUGAUGAGACUUACCUAAAUUAUUCUCAUCAGGGCUCUUAUUCUCCACAACUCUCCAACAACAUGGCUGAAUAUUCAAGCCAGAUUGAUUUGGGUUCUGAUGUGAUUGAGAAUCUUUCCCAAGGAAAACCUCUGCCUCUGCAAGGAAAACUAUUGCAGGCUGUUUCGGAUGCUGGUACAGUACUUCCUCAAAAUCUUCUUCCAACUCGGCGGAACCGCCCGCCUCCCUCGCAGCCCUUCCAAAUUCUGCCUGAAGGUGCCGGUGCCGGUGAAGGUUAGUCAUAGUAUAAUAAUUAGAGGAAUAAUGAUUGUGAGUUGUGACACACACUGAACAAUGAAGUGUAAUGUUAUUAAUUAUUAUUAUUAUUUUUCCUUGAUUA